CCACCUGCCGCUCACCAACCCCUCUUUUGCAGAUCGCCUCUCCUUUGUCUAUUCCAAUUCCUCGUUCCUCUCUCCAGCUUCAUAUAUUCUCAAAGCAUUGUCCCGAUCAUCAUCCCACUCUCAUGCCCUCCCGAUAACGGCCGCAAACAAACGGCAGCACGCCAUGGGGUCCCUCGUGCUCCUCCGAGGAGCCCGCUUCCACCUUUCCUCGCCCUUCCGACCUCAAUUUCAAUGCCAAUCACCUCUCUUCAGAAUGGCAUCCUCCCGCUCCUUCUCCUCGUACCUGGUCACGCCUGCUGAGCUAUCAGAAGCGCUGAAAAAGAACUCACCAAGCAAGAUCUCGACAGCUCCGAAGACCGUUCCCCUCUGCGCAAGCUGGUUCCUCCCCAACGACGGCCGCAAUGGCCUGCAGACCUUCCGCGAGAAACGCAUCCCGAAUGCCCGCUUCUUCGACCUCGAUAAGGUGUGUGACAAGCGCUCGCCGUACCCGCACAUGCUUCCCUCCGCUUCCGACUUCGCAAAAGCUAUGUCUGCGUUAGGGAUCAAGAGGGAUGAUACGGUGGUGGUUUAUGACUCAUUGGAGCUUGGGAUCUUCAGCGCGCCGAGGGUAGGAUGGACAUUGAAGGCGUUUGGACAUGAUUCUGUACAUGUGCUGAACAACUUUAAGCUGUGGGUGGAGGAGGGGUUUCCUACGGAGAGUGGAGAGUUCUGGGAUGUGAAUACCUGCGUCUACCCGAUUCCUCAGUUUGAUGCUAGCAAGAUUAUUGAUUUCGAGGAGGUAAGAGAGGUGGCGAAGGAUCACAAUAAGGAGGGUGCGGAGGGAGUGCAGAUUCUGGAUGCGAGGUCGAAGGGAAGGUGGGCGGGGAAGGAUCCGGAGCCUCGAGAAGGUUUGAGCAGUGGGCAUAUGCCGGGAAGUAUAUCGGUGCCGGUUUCUGAUCUGUUGGAUCCGGUCAAGAAGACUAUUUUGCCAGGUUACCAGCUAAGGAAGGUUUUCGAGACCAAGGGCAUUGAUCCCGAGAGGCCGAUCAUCAACAGCUGUGGGACGGGUGUUACGGCUGCGGUUAUCGAUGCUGCGUUGACGGAGGCUGUUUAUGGUGAUGAGACUAAGCGGAGAUUAUAUGAUGGCAGUUGGACGGAAUGGGCACAGCGAGUUAAGCCUUCGGACAACCUGAUUGUCAAAGAGGUAUAAUGAUGGUGGAAAUGAUUCGAUGCAUUUCAGCGUUCUGCAUGUGACGGAUACCCUAGCUCUCUUUUCCUCAAUACCUGUAUAUGAUGGUAUCUGCACACGAUUCAAUGCACAUAUGGUUUCCCAAAUCAUCAGAAUUUCUGUCUCUUGC